UUCUUGUUGCCUUUCGUUUUAUGAUGUUGUGAUUAAAAUUACUGUCUUGAUUAGAUUGUUUUCCGCGUCUAAUUGUUCAUCUGUACUGAAUUUAGACAUGUCAAAGUGCCCUUCAGCGGGUGGACCAUCGGGAAGUCCUCAUGGCCACGGUGCAUAUCCUACUUCAAGCCAUGUGACCUUGUUUUCGAGUUCCUUGCCCACACUUGCUCAUGAAAAGCUUAAUUAUACCGAUUCCGACAGUUGGCUCUCCCUCGAUGAUAGCUCACCCAAUCUGAACAAGCUAGCUUUAGGAAACUCGGAGAAGGAUUCACUGGAAGAUGUUGAACCUAACUCGUUGGAAAUUCUGUUGCCCGAGGAUGAAAAUGAGCUCCUUCAUGGUCUCAUCGAUGAGCUUAACUUCAAUGGUUUGCCUGAUGAACUGGAGGAUCUGGAAGAGUGUGACGUUUUUUGCGCUGGAGGGGGGUUGGAAUUGGAUGUCGAACCUCGGCCCAAUCAUGUUGCUGAUGUAUCAGAGGUGCAGAUAUCUGACCGAGGUGUAAUGGAUUCCCUUAUUCCUCUUAAGUUUCCCAAUACAUCUGGAAGAGUUUCGAUAGAACAUCCUUACGGUGAACAUCCUUCAAGGACAUUAUUCGUGAGAAAUAUCAACAGCAAUGUCGAGGAAUCUGAGUUAAGGGCCCUCUUUGAGCCAUUUGGAGAGAUCAGAAGUUUAUACACUGCAUGCAAAAGCAGGGGCUUUCUGAUGAUAUCCUACUACGAUAUUCGAGCUGCUCAUACUGCAAUGCGUGCGUUGCAGGGCACACUUUUGAGGAAAAGGACAUUGGACAUCCACUUUUCGAUUCCCAAGGAAAAUCCAUCAGAGAAGGAUAUGAAUCAAGGAACUCUUGUAGUUUUCAAUGUGGAUUCAUCAGUUUCGAAUGAUGAGCUCCGUCAGAUUUUCAGUGCCUAUGGAGAGGUUAAAGAGAUUAGAGAAACCCCGCAUAGGCAGUUCCAUAGGUUCAUCGAGUACUAUGAUGUUAGACAUGCAGAGGCAGCUCUGAAAGCACUGAAUAGAAGCGAGAUUGGUGGGAAACGUAUAAAACUCGAACUUAGCCGCCCUGGUGGAUCACGUCGACCCUCGGUUCCGAUAGCUGGUCAAGAUGCGGAAAGAAAUGAAUCUCACGGCUUCCUUAACCAACGGAUUUCCAGUUCUCCUCCAGGUGAUUGGGCAACCAUUGGCAGCCCGGGCACGAGCAAACCUUCACAUCCUUUUCUGCAGUUGCAUGGUCUGGAGAUCGUCAGGCCAGGAAACACCGGUAACCUGCAUGGGCUCGCCUCGACUCUCCCAUCUUAUUCAACUGGCUUUCCAAGAUUUUCAGCCAUUGGCAAUAAUGAGCAAGGAAUACCCGAUUCACAUUCCUCUGUUUUCGGGACAUCAUAUGAUCACUGCUAUCUAUGGGGAAGUCCCCCACAAUCUCUCAAUCAUUCUGGUUACUUCGGGUCGACAUCAUCUGCUGAACAUCCUUUCAAUAGUGGGCAUGGUUUUCCAUACUCUGGUAGAAAAGGUUCCCUGCUCGGUAAAUACCGGCAUCAUGUGGGAUCUGCUCCCUCGAGCAUUCACCUCGGUGCUCAAAUAAGCUACAAUUGGGAAUCACCAGGGACGUCCUCCCAGACUUCUCUUGGUUUCGGGGCCUCAGGUGUCAAUAGACACUUUCUCACGAACUUGAAUUCUCAAGCACAAGAAAGAUCUAGUUUUGGUCAUCUGGGAGGCCAACCCGAGCAGGAAUUCCCGGGUUUUGGCAUGUCGUCAAUGCCUGAAGCUCGUUACGGUGGGAAUCCAGGGUUAGGACCAAUCCGGAGUGAGCGUAGGCUUGAGCAUGAAAGGGUCCAACACGUUGAGAAUUGUGCUCGAAAUCAAAUCAUCGAUGAUAGAUUGUAUCAUAUUGACUUGGACAGAAUCGCUACUGGAGAUGAUACCCGGACUACGUUAAUGAUUAAAAACAUCCCAAACAAAUAUACUUUCAAGAUGCUGGCGGCUGAAAUUGAUGAAAAGCACAAGGGGAACUAUGACUUCCUGUACUUGCCUACUGAUUUUAAGAAUAAAUGCAAUAUGGGUUACGCGUUGAUCAACAUGGUCUCUCCAUUGCACAUCGUUCCUUUCCACCAGAUUGAGGUUGUUGUACGCAGAGCUUCAACGAGAAAAGGUGGGAGAAGUUUGAUAGUGGGAAAGUUGCUUCGUUGGCAUACGCAAAGAUCCAAGGCAAGGCUGCUCUUGUUUCGUACACGCAAAAUUCAACUCCGGAUAACGAAGAAAAACAAGGGCAAGAGCCUCAUAAUCAGGGGAAUCUUCCGUCAACCAGUUCGAACCGUUGCUGCUUUUAAUCCAGACCGGUCAUAAAGACACCGGAUCUUUUGGAGAAGCAGAAGGGUAAAAACUAAUGAAUUUAGUUCUCCCAAGUCGGAAAAGGUAAAUUAAGUGUACAAAUUUCAAAGGAGGAUAGAAGAAUCUGAUGGCUGCUGCUUAAGCUUUUUGUCUUCAGAGGGCAGUAUCCGUUUUUUUUUGGAGGGAUACAUCACCAUUACCGUCCAUGGAAGCUACAAAACUGUUUCUGAUAUUUCACAAACACUUUAGUCUUGGAAUCUCUCCUUAUCAGUUUCAGUAAAUAUCAACUCUUGGUCUUGCCUGUACAUAUGUGAUAAGUCGAGCUCCAUAUCUAUUUGUCCAUUUUCCA